AUGAACAAUAAAGGACAUUUGAUGACAUCAUCAAGUCUUCAGGACACUCCCAGUUACUUCAGCUGUCUUGGCACUUCUGAAUUAAUGCUUCUCCUGAUUAACAGUCGCUUUGAAAAAUCGUCUUCCAGCCAGUCACCAUCGAAAAGUCGAAAGUGGAGGAGUUUCGUUUGGCCUCCAGACCUUUUUUUCGUUCAGUCAACCUUAUCUGCAAUUAAGCCCUUUCGUUUAGUAAGCCCGGCCCCCCCCGCCGCCUCUGCGCCCAUGAUGCCACGCCGAAGCCUCGCAUGCCUGGCGGUCCUCCUCGCCUGCGCCGCCGUCAGCGCUCAGCCGUUCAAGAAAGGAGGACAAACCAUCGCCCGCCCCUACCCCGACUGCGCACACUACACCGUCACGUCGGACAGAUCCAUGUCCUUCGUGGACCUGCAGAGCACGCUCCGCUUCGCCGUCCUGCCCUCAGAUCUCCAGAUGAGCUUGCGCAUCAUCGUUGGAGAGUCCCAGUAUACGAUCGUCGUCCUCCCCGACGAUACGGUGGUAACGCGGUGCGACGGCCAGGCGCAGCAGAACCGCUGCACUCCGCUUCAGCAGAGGCGAGUGUCUGGGGCUGACCUUCUCAAGCAGGGCGAGUGGAACUUUGUUGACCUCGGCUUCGACGGCCACAAGAUAAGAGUCUUGAUCUCUGACGUCGAAGUUCUGGUUGACGACAGCUGGGUGGCCACUGCAGGGCAAGAAUCCAUCCACUCUGCUAAGGUCGCCUUCCUCUCCCUGAAAGACGCCUCCCUCGACUCCUCCCCUAAUUACGCGCUGGAAGUCAAUCUCGAAUGUGACUCCACACACACCCCCGACCAGGAGAUCAACACCCACCCCCCCGUGAACACGACGAGCACCGAAGUCUCGCCUGCACGUGAGUAUCUUCCCUCUACAGUCGAGGUCGGGUUCCAUCUUGGUCUCUGCCGCGAUAGCUCAGUGGUUAGAGCACUGGACUCCGACCCUCGUGGUCCCGGGUUCAAUUCCCCGUCGCGGCAGUUGUAAAAAAUGCCUGCGCUCUGACUGCUUGCUCAAGCCCGAGAAAACGACAUAUCGUCUUGAGAAGUCAAACGCAAGUGUCGUAGGGGAAGUCACCGCCGUGGCACAAGUGUUAACGCGCCGAACCGCGGUUGAUUAGGAAGGGCAUUCAAUCAG